CUCCAUCACCAUCUUUGUUCCUUCAUCGGCGAUGACUGACCGGCACCCGGGAGCGCCUGCGUCUGGACCCGGCGGCGGCAGUGGGGGACCGGGGAACCUGAGAGACUCGCUGUUGAAGGCGAAGAUUGCCAAACUUCCGCAUCUGCCUGCCGUUGCGCCUCAAUCAUCGAUGGCCUCCUCCUCUGGAGAUGUCGAAGGAGAAGAAGAAGAAGAAGAAGAAGAAGAAGAGGAGGACGGACUGGGCUCGCUACCUUCUUCUUCAUCGAAGCCCGCCAAAGACCGUUCGAAGCCCUUCAGAAACUGGAAGGACGACUUCAGUCCGAUUCCCGCAGACGACUGUUUCGAGUCCGCUCUCGAAGUAGACGUUGGGGAAGGUGAAAAAAGGGCAACCUUUAGAGUGUACUACACCCCUCCGCGCAUACCCACGGCGGCCCCAACAUCGAAGCCGGGCGACAAGACAAGAAAUCAGUCAGCUGAUGCGGAUCUCGAGACACUCAAGCCGCCCGCAGUUGAUUCCGAUGACUCCGAUGAGGGAGAUACGAGCCUCGGCAAAGGACCUCCCUCGACUGGCACCGUCUUUCUGCUGCACCAUGGCGCGGGCUAUAGCGCAUUGUCGUUUGCCCUCGUCGCAAAGCACAUUACCAAAUCGACAAAGGGGGCUGCCGGUGUGCUCGCCUUUGACUGUCGAGGGCAUGGUCGAACCAUUCAUGCCUCGCCCACCGAAACGAACGCCCUCUCCCUCGAGAAUCUGACCAAUGAUGCCCUCCUCAUCCUAUCGAAGCUCUUUCCCGACCCGAAAGCCCAGCCGACACUGAUACUGGUGGGACACAGCAUGGGCGGCAGCGUCGUUGUGUCUCUGUCACAUGCCCUAUCUUCACUCGGAAAGGGUGCUGAAGAGAACGUGGCAAGACCAAGAGUGGCCGGGGUGGCCGUCCUGGACGUCGUGGAAGGAACGGCCAUGGCGGCCUUGCCGUCGAUGAAGACGAUUGUGGCUGCUCUUCCCAAAGGGUUCGACAGUGUCGAAGAUGCGAUCCGAUGGUACGUCGAUAGCGGCACCAUCGUCAAUGCCGAGAGCGCUCGUCGAAGCGUAGCAAGCCUGCUCAAGAAGAACGAGGCCUUUGCGCCUUCCUCUGCUCUGGCUCAAGAAGAGGAAGAAGAAGAAGCGAUGGAGGUCAUCUCCUCGUCCGACUCGGACAUGCAAAAGGACGACAAGCCACAUGCGCUCAUCUGGCGCCACAACCUCCUCGCGACAGAGCCGUACUGGAUAUCGUGGUUUUCAUCAAUGUCGGCUCGCUUCCUCAGCGUGCCAUGCGCGCGCCUGCUUUUGCUGGCCGGCACAGACCGGCUCGACAAAGACCUCAUGAUCGGACAGAUGCAGGGCAAGUACCAGCUCGAGGUCUUCAUCGACGUGGGCCACAGCCUGCAGGAGGACGCGCCAGAGAGGACGGCGGACUUGCUUGUCGGCUUCUGGAAGAGGAACGAGAUGGUCCUUCCGAAGAAGGCAGGCGCGGCAGGCAUGACAAAAGUGCCCUUCCGCAAGGUUGGGCAGUAAAGUCGGGUCAGAGGUUCUCUUCUCCUGCAUCAAGCCGUUGAAGAGACGUGAACUGAUUGUCAUUAGAGAUGAACCAAAAAGUGCCCUUGAUCAUAAUUACAAGCCCUCGAUUGUAAGCAGUAUUGUCUGUUGAUGGGAUGUAUACUUGUAUUGGGAUG